AUGUGUCAAAUAAAUGAAGAAGACGACGAAGCAUUUCAAGCUUUGAAAGCUGCGGCUGCAAAUAAAACAGCGAUCAGCCGAAAAUGUAUGAGUUGUGAUCAAGAUGCGUGUGUGGUUGUUCGAAUUGCUGAUCCAAUGUGUCGGAAAUGUUUCGAAGAGUUUUUCAUUCAUAAAUUUCGUUCGACAUUAUCGAAGUCGAAUGUCUUUGGGCGCGGUGAACGCGUUUUGAUUGCAUAUUCCGGUGGACCGUCUUCAACAGCUCUUCUUCAUUUGAUUGCUGAUGGAUUGAGUGUGAACGCACGGAGACGCUUACAAUUCCAAGCACACGUUGCUUAUAUUGAUGAAUCUUCGUUAUAUCCGGAAUCAACUGAUAUUCGUGAUAAAGUGACAGAUUUGAUCACAAAUCGAUUGCAACAUCCUUUGCAUAUUGUUUCAAUUGAUGAUAAUUUGGAUAAAGAUCAUGAUUUUCAGCAAAUUCUAACAGAACGCACAAAAUCGCUAACAGCACGCGAGGAACUCGUUCGACGACGAAAAUUGAAACUGUUAUUCGACAUUGCCAUUCGAGAGAACUGUACGAAAUUAAUCACCGGUGAUAAUUGUACUAAACUAGCCGCACAAAUUCUCUCCGAUAUGGCUCAAGGCAAAGGUGCACACGUUGCAUUGGAAUGCAAUUUGACAGAUACAAGAAAUGAUUCAGUGACGAUUGUCCGACCAUUCCGUGAAAUAAUGUCCAAGGAAAUAGCGAUGUACAAUCGAUUGAACUCUAUUGAAUCUCUACAAAAUGCUGAUAUAUCAACAAUGACUGGUCCGCAAUCAUCCAUCUUCCAAUUAACAGAAACACUCGUUAAUGACCUGCAGCGACAAUUUCCUUCGACUGUCAGUACUAUAUUUCGAACAUCUGAUAAAUUGGAGAAAAAUCUUCAACCACACCGAUGUGAUCUAUGCUGUUGUCCGCUCGAUCUCAGCGAAGAUCAAUCAUUGGUAUCCGAUGAAGAGAGAAUCAAACUUAUUCAGCAACUAUUCAGCCCCACAUCUCAAAACAUGGAUUCAGUUCAUGUUUGCUAUGCAUGUCGACGGUUGCUUCGAGACGUACAACCGAUUUCUCACUCGCGUCAGAAAUAA